ACCCCCUCCGUGUCGGCUCACGUCUCCCGCAGGCCGCAGGUGCACGACGGGGAAGGGAAGGGAAAUCAAUCCAUCCCCAACGGUCCAAACCCUAACUAAACCCACCCACCCUCGAUCGAUUCCCUACCAAAUUCAGGCCACCGCGGCGGCCGCCUUCAAAUCCCCCUCCCCCAAACCCCUCGAUCGAUCGAUGCGACCUCCCUCCCCCUCGAUUCGGCGGAGGCGGCGGCGCGACCCGCAACCCUAGCACCCAACCCAGCCCCGGAUCCGCCCGCGCGGGCGCGUCGAGGCAUGGGCGGCGGCGGCGCCGACGAGUUCGGGCGGGCGACGGCGAGGGCCGCGGUGGCGCGGGCGCUGCAGGCGGCGGGCUUCGCCUCCGCGACCCGCUCGGCGGUGGACGCGCUCGCCGACGUCCUCCUCCGCUACCUCCGCCUCCUCGGCGCCGCCGCCAACGCCCACGCCAACCUCGCCGGCCGCUCCGCCCCCAACGAGCUCGACGUGGUGCAGUUCCUCGAGGAGGCCGGCGAGGCGUACCAGGGCUUCGAGGGCGCCUCCUCUACCCGCGGCCGAUGCCUCGUCAGCUCCGGCGUCGUCAAGGAUUUGGUCGCGUUCGCUGGCGAUGCCGAUGACAAGCCGCAAUCCGUGAGGAGGCCUCUGCCCAGGUUUCCGGUGCGGCACGAUCCGCCGCCCGCGCGGUCGUGUGUUAGCUUUGCGGCGCUGGGCCGGGGGAGCGGGAUGAGGCAUGUGCCCGAGUGGCUCCCGGCCUUUCCGGAGCCCCACACGUAUGCGAGCGCCGAUGAGUCGGGCGAGAUGGUCGGUGGGUCGGCGGUUGCGGUGGAUGAGGUUGAGCAGGUGCGGCGGCAGAGGAAGGCCGAGAAGUCGCUGCUUGGUUUGCAACGGCAGCUGGCGCUCGCGGGUGGCAAUGGGAUCCGCCCGGCGAUGGUGGAGGAGAAUGGUGCUGGCAAGGGGAAGGAGCUAGAUAGGGCUGUGGUCAAGAGCAAUCCAUUUCUUCAGUCAGCAUUGCGUUAUGGAGACAAGGAGGUGUCAGAGGUUGGCAUGCCAAAUUUGGGGAAGAAACACUCUGUUCUUGAUGAAUUUGCACCUGCUUUCGCUGAAUCGGAAGGUGAAGGACUUGAUGAGGGGAGGAGGGACCAAGACCAAGGUCAAGGUCGGAAGAGGAUAGUUCCAAAGGAGAGGCCACCGGUGGUGAUGGCAUUGAACUCGAGAGACCGUAAGGGCCCCUGGUUCCUGGAGGAUGAUCGGAAGCGGAGGGCACUGUCGAUACUAGCAGAACCAAUCGAGAAGCCUAGUUGAUCUGCUGUACACUUACCAUGCUGAUGCUGCUCGCAUCUUUCCUGCCGGUGAUGCUCUCCCAUUUCUUAUGCUCUUCCCGGUGCCGACCUUGGAGAUCCUUGCCGGUUUUCGAAACAUAUUGUUGAUAGAAGCAGAAAACAUACUGCAUGUUCCAUGCACCGUUAUUGAUUUGAAGAUUUGCCAUCUGAUGGAAUUUGGUUCCUACAUAUGUAGCUAUGUUGGCAUUCAGGGAACAGGCCGGCCUGCUUCAUUAUCUUGUUCUGUGCGACGAGAACAAAUUUACCGCUGAUGAGUUGCAAACUCUACACGUAAUGUGCACGCGCUCUGUAUCGAUCGGUAAAUUCCCCACUUGAAAAGAACAUCCUGUUAGUUUCUCAUGCUAGGUUGAACGCUGCAAUCGCAGUUCCUCCGGCGUAUUAUGCACAUUUGGUGCCUUCUGGGCUUGAUUUUACACGCAGCUGGAUACCUCGGACAGCUGGUUGCUAGUGGUGCACGCAGUAAUAGCGCAUUUUGGGAAUGUUGCUGUUAGGCCUCUCCCUGGAAAAUGUCAAGCGUGUCAUGUUUUACUGUUAAGGUUGUGGCGGUUCCACUGAUGAUGAUAUUUCAAGUGCCCGUGAGCUGUAUUGUGCUGACUCGGGUGUGAAGUACUGUGUCGAUGAUGGUGCUGCCAGAACACCGCCGCACAAGCUUUUCUAUUUCUUGUGCUGAGCGGUUUGUUCGUGCGACCAUCUAUCUUUGUAUUAAGUGACGUUUAAUCUGUUGAGGAACCAAUGUUAUGAA